AUGUCUAAAACCAAAAUUGUCGAUCUAUUUGCUGGGCCUGGCGGACUUGGCGAGGGUUUUUUGUCCUUAAAGGAUGCAUUUGAGAUAUGCGUGUCUGCAGAAAUGGAUACUCAUGCACGGUCGACGCUGCGCCUUAGGUCCUUUUAUCGAAUGCUCAGAAAUGAGAGGGCCGACUGUUUGAGUGAUUACUACGAUUAUUGCAAUGGAAUCACUGAGACAGCAUAUAGCAAAAAUACAUAUGACCUUUGGGAAAAAUCUGGAGAAGAAGCUAGGCGAAUUGAGCUAGGCUCAAUAGAAGGAAAUAAAGAACUGAGAACUAGGAUAAGCCUGUCAGGAUUAGAUAGCGAUGAUAAAAAGUGGGUCUUAAUCGGUGGUCCGCCCUGUCAGGCUUAUUCUCUUGUCGGCCGUGCCAGAAACAAAG